UGUGUUGUACACACUUUCUAGUUUUAUGUAAAUACAAUUCACUUAGACUCGUUAGACUUGGAAAUUAUUUUUUGUUAUCUUCCGUUUAUUUUUCCGUUUUUGGUUUGAAACGGAGUUUGAAAUUGUGAUGAAUGUGUGAUCAAAAUACAGAUGUGACGCAUUUAAAUAGAUGAGUGUCUUCCAAAGUUAAUUUUCGGUAAUUUUUGGUACUUUGUAUUUUCAUCGUUCGAAACGUUCAAUAUGUAUCGUAGACAGUUUAUGAAUUUUGGCACCAAGAGCAAAAUUACUGCAUUAUGGACAACAAUAUCAGAUAGCAGAAAUGUCUAUAAUUUGCAAAAAUUAUGUCGCAAGUUUUCUACAUCGCAUGCAUUCGAACCAAAAAUAUGUGUGAUUGGAGCGGGGCCAGCCGGAUUUUAUGCUUCACAGCAUAUUCUCAAAACAUUACCAAAUGCACGAAUCGAUAUCAUCGAGAAAUUACCCGUUCCGUUUGGAUUGGUUAGAUUUGGCGUUGCGCCCGAUCAUCCUGAAGUGAAAAAUGUCAUAAAUACAUUCACAAAAGUUGCAGAAAAUCCACGCGUUCGAUUCAUUGGAAACUUAUCGCUGGGAAAGGAUGUGUCAUUGCGAGACGUUCGUAAUGCAUACAAUGCCGUUGUAUUGUGUUAUGGAGCCGAAGAAGACCGUAAAAUGCGAAUCAAUGAUGAAGAUAAGAAUACAUUGUCGGCACGGAAAUUUGUCGCUUGGUAUAAUGGAUUACCGGAUUGUGAAGAGAGCUAUGAGUCAAUUGAAAACCAACUGCGAAACAGUGAAACGGUGACACUGAUUGGACAGGGUAAUGUUGCUGUUGAUGUGGCGCGCAUUUUAUUAUCGCCAAUUGAUGCACUAAGAAAAACUGACAUCACAUCACGUGCCCUAUCAACGUUGGCCGAAUCAAAUAUCCGAAUGGUUCAUUUGGUUGGUCGACGUGGUCCACUUCAAGCUGCUUUCACCAUUAAAGAAUUGCGUGAAAUGUUAAAUUUACCAAAUGUAUCAACCAUUUGGCGUACAACUGAUUUUAUUGGCAUUGAUGAACAAUUUGUUGGAAGGCUACCACGACCCAAAAAACGAAUAACCGAACUAAUGCUAAAAAAUGUCCACGCAUCAGUGGACACAACAUCAUCCACAUCAAAAUAUUUUUCACCCAUAUUUUUUCGUAGUCCGAUACAUGUAGAGCAUGAUAAUUCAAAUAAUGAAAAACGAUUGCGAUUAACCGUAAAUCGAUUAUCCGAAACGGAAGCAGCAAUACCAACAAAUGACGCUGAAACAUUACAUACAAAUUUAAUAUUAAGAAGCAUCGGUUACAAAAGUGUAAACGUUAUUACGCACAGCGAUGAUGAAUUGUUAAAUUUUGAUACGAGCAAAGGAUUGGUACGCAACGAACAUGGUCGAGUUCUUAAGUUAAUCGAACAAAAUAGUGUGGAUGCAUCCAGUGUGGAUGAUAAAUAUGAGCGUGGACUAUAUGCCAGCGGGUGGUUGGGAACGGGCCCAACGGGUGUUAUACUCACCACCAUGAGCAAUUCAUUUUUGGUUGCAAAAAAUCUAUGCGAUGAUAUUCAAGCGAAGCGAAUUGAUUGUAGCACAAAGUCCGGCUUGGACAUUAAAAAGUAUACAACAGCAAUAACAUGGAAUGACUGGCUAAAAAUUGACAAAUUUGAAACUGAAAUGGGUGCUCAGAGUGGAAAACCACGCGAAAAACUUUUACACACUUCAAAAAUGCUGGAAAUUUUAAAAUAAUUUAUUAUUGUCCAUGUUUUGUUAUUUCUUCUUCAUUUCUUUCUUUUUUUGGCUGAGAAGGAAAAAAACAAAGUUUACUCUUAUACGUAGAAACACAAACAAACUUAUCAACUGCCCCCGCACAAAUCAUAUUUGUUCUUUUGUUUUCUUUUUUUGUUUAACAAGAGAAAAAUACUUGAAAACUUGCAAGUUUUCAUGUGAAGUGAAAAUAAAGCACAAUAAAAUUAA